AUGUGGCAAGAGGCGCGGAAACAAGAGAAGCACAUCAAAACGUUGAUGGUGGAUUAUAGAAAGAGGGCAGAGCGUCGCAGGGACUAUUAUGAGAGGAUUAAGCAGGAUCCGAUCAAGUUUUUACGUGUUUACGGCAGACCAUCAAAGUUGCAUUUGGAUUCUGAAACUGUGAAGGCUGCUGAAAACCCAAAUAACAUGAUGUCUUGGAUAGGCGAUCCUACUAUCUUAAUUGACCGGUUUGAUGCGCGCGCCAACUUGGAACACUGGGAAAACCAGGUGGCAGAUGAACCAAAAUUGACUUCAGUAGAGCGCAUCGAGCAUCGCUUGUGCAUGUACGAACGUUAUCGAUGUCUAAUCCACAACGACUAUGCUGGAGUAUCCGAGUUAAUGGCGUUGAAGCAAAUUGAAUCGGACGAAAAAUUCGGUGAUUUGGAUAAAAAACGAAAGGAAGAAGAGGAGACUAGCAAAAAGUCACAGGAACCGAAAGCCGCUAUUGGUUUCGUCUAUGAGGACAGCACCGCACCAGUUUCACAAGGUACUGCGCCUGCUCCAGACCCAGUAGCCGCAGAGGAUAGCGAAUCUGACGGUGAGGCUGAUAGCGACAUGGACAUUGAUGUGGAAUUGGAUUUGGCAACUCUUGGUGCUGAUGGUCGAAGGCAGUUAGCUCAAUCUGCAGCCACGUUCGGUUUGCAUCCGACGGAUUUCGUUCGUCUUCUGAACGCAGAUCAGCAGUUGGAGACGGAAUUGCGCCUGGCCAAGGCAUUGGAAGAAGAGAAGUUGCAACUAGCCGGCCGCAAGUCACGCCGGGCUCGUCGUCUGCUAAAAGAGCGCCGUGCCAAAGAAAGAUUUCCCAAAAUGCUGACCACGAAAGUCGGACUCCUCAACGGUCAGCCUAUUUCACGACGCACCGUUUACCUGUCUGCUAGUUCCUCAGACUCAGGGGAUUAUCCAUCCGAUGAGGCAGAGGAGGAUGUUACCGGACUGCAAUAUCGAAACUCAAAGGCAGCAGAUGUUCGUGCUAGACGUGCUCGAGCAAAACCCAUGCUAACGAACGCUCGUGGACCGUCUGUGCUUAUUGGUGGGAUGACAUCCAUCAGUCUUUGUCGGCGCCGCUCUAACGCUGGUCUGGACACAAUAGAGAAGAUGCGAAAAGCUGGCGCUCGCUCUUCCUCGAGCAGUAACAGUAGUGAAAGUAGUGCCAACGGACGUCGGGGUUCCUCUAGCUCUUCUGAUCGUUCACGCCGCGGUCGACGUUCACGAGCUUUAGAUGGACGGCAUCGCGGAAAGCGAUCACGUGUUGAAUACAUCACUACUUUCGGUGACAAUGACGAUGAUCGGGGAGAUAAGUCGCACAAAUCAGGUGCCCGUACUCCUCUCUCUGGAGCACCGUGGAAGGACGAAAAUCCUUGUACUGCCACCUCCGCGAUGGCAGCCUCUGUCGUCUCAAAAGUGCUCUACUCUUCCAAAAAGGAUCCAUCCGUUGGCAGAUUGGACACUUCCAGCGUUUCUCGCUACAUCCGUCGUGAGACUCGAAAUCGCUCUUCAUCGUCUGAAAGCUACCGCCGUCGCAACCGGAGAUCGCCUGCACGAAAGUACCGCUCUCAUUCUUCCCGUUCCAGCAGCUCAAAAUCAUCCAUUGAUCUCCGACGUCGCAGCCGCCGUCGUAGUUCCUGCUCUAGUUCCUCUAGAAGUUGGUCUCACAUUCGGGGUACCCAUUCAGUUAAGCGUGCCCGACGCUCUUCAUCUCGUUCGAACUCUUCUCUGCAUAGGUCACUUUCUCGUUCUCCUCUUAGUCAGCGGCUUUCAUCAUCUGGCCGACGAAACGAUCGCACCUCACCAGAUGUGUCUCGCCAUUCACUUGAGAGCGCAGGUAUGAACCCACCUCGUGAUGACCCUGUAUCUUCUCCACCCGUUCGAAAGCGUUACUAUCGCCCAGAACUGGAAUCGGAGGAGGAAUCUAUCCUCUCUGAAGAGGCUAGUGAAGAAGGUUCAACUACCUCAAUUGCUACUGGAAAUCGCCGACCGGAUAACAGUGGAGCCGGGGCCUUCGCGGGUAAGAUGGCGACAUCCUCCCACACAGACGGUGAUAGCCACAGCAAUUUCACCAAACCCGCUUCUGGGUCCGUCCCGGUCGAUGGGAUACACCUCACUCCACAGGAACUUCUCAAACGUCGUGUGCAGUUACAGCUCACGAAAGCUUUUAAUGCAGCUAAGCAAGCUGAAUUGGAGAAACAGUUGCAGUUAGAAAAAGAACGCCAGGCUCGUGAAGAGGGCCUACGUCGCCAAGCCCAGCUAAUUCGGCGACAAGAGGAAAGACGACUGCGCGAAGAAAAUCGCGUUCGUGGAGCCGCAGGUGGACAUUCUUCUGACAGCUCUUCCUCAUCGGCUAGUCCUGUGGACAGUUCGCGGUCCAAGGCGAAACCACCAUCCACCUCAUCGCAACGCUCCCCACCGCGGCGAAGUCACACUCUCGGUCCUCGGAAAUCGCCUUCCAUCCACGGACGUCGCACUCCAAACAAAAGCCCUACACCAACCGCGACUAAUCGAUUACCCUCACCCCCGUCCAAUUCCGUUCAUGUCAAGUUUUCUCGCAAAGAUUUCAGAGGCCAGCAGAGCGGAUCUCCUUACUCCACACGACCCGUUCGUGCAAGAAAUUUUCAUCCUGAUCGGGGUUAUUUUUCAGCCGAUCGAGAACGUUACUCAUCACACCCCGAUCGCUAUCCAGGCUUCGACAGACAAAGUCACAGCCAUCGUGAUUGGACAUCUCCGCCUCACUGGCCCACUCCGUAUUAUGGUGACCACCGUGGUGUACGCGGUCGACCUUGGACUCUAUCGGAUAACAGACGUCUCUCCGGUCGGACUGCACCAUGGUCCACUUCUGGGUCGCGAUCCACACCAUCCGCUCGUUACUAUCCUGGCCGCUAUUCUUGA